AUGUUCGAGACAAUAAGCGGCUGGUUCUCAUACGUUGCUGAGUCUGUGCCGUCAAUGCAAGAGCCAAAGGAGCACUUGCAGAAAGACAUAUUUACGAAAGAGGAGAUGGAGGGACUGCUGUCCUUCCUGAAGCUUCCGUUGUCCUAUGGACACGAAGCGUUUAAGCAGCAUUGGCCCCACACGCCACAUGAAGCCAACCUGGUCGUCGAAAGACUUCAUGACCUGGCACGUGCACUGCUGUUUGGAGCCAGGAAGGAUGAUGCAAUCGUCGCAUCUUUCCUGGAGAAGAAGGGCCUAAGCAUCCUGGUAGAAGCACUUCUAGCAGUCUCAACUCCGGAGAUGAUACGGACACAGGCGUGGCAGUCCCUGAGCGUAAUCCUGCUCAACGUGAAGGAGGAUGCUUUACAAAGGUUGAUCCGUGGGCGCGAGUUGGACUUGUUGUGGUCUGGUGAGCCGGAUCUUCGCACAGAGGAGAGUCGGAUGAACUUCAUCUCUUGUCUCAAGAGUGUCAGCAUGCGAAUAGAAGUGGGGACGCUCCCAUGGCUGAUGACCGAAGACAGGGACAUCCCGAUCCUCCGCAUGGCGAUGGUCUAUACCGCCCAUGAGGAGCCCCUGCUCCGCACCCAGGCCCGAAAUGCCAUGCUGACACUUUUUUCGAAGAUCAAGAUAGGCGAGGGCCAGCUGUUGCGGACUGCCUUGGAAAUGGCAAAGUCCAGGUUGCCGACCCCUUUGUGCACUUUACUGUGGCAGAAUUGGGCAAACAUGGCACAAGCAGCCAAAAACAGGAAUGCGCCGGCUUUGCAAAAAUGGGCAUUUCGUGAAGAGGACCUUUGGGACCAUUUGGCCGAACUGAUCAAGCUUGACAUCACAGACAUCACACAGAUGGUCUGUGGUGUUAUUGUUGGAAGUCUGGUCUGGAAAUUAGGCUCCUUGACUCCCACAAAGGCUGUGGGAGCGAACCACUGGAACGCUCCCUUUGUGAACAUGGACGAGUUGGACUCAGAGCCGAUGAUGGCUGUUCCAAGUCCAGGGGCCUUCAAUUUGUCGCCCAAGUCCCACACAGAAUCAACGGCCUCGCUGUCGGAUCAGUCUUCACUGGAAGAAUGUCCAAGUUUUACAGCCUGUGGGCUUGGAACCGCCAUGAAGGUUGCCGAGACAUUUGCCAAAGAUAUGGCAUCCAGUGACCAUUCCGCCGCCAUGGCUCUGAGAACUUUGGCAAUGUACACGGGAACUCUUCGUCACGCGGGCAUUGGCUGCGCAGUCAUGCCUUUGGUGGAGCUAAUGCUUUUGCCUUCACUACCUUCUGGCUCGAUCCGUGCCAUGGCAGACCUCGAUGCGGGCUGCAUCACUGAGGACUUGCUCGCACUGACCGAGCACUUUGUUGCUGGGGCCAUGGAGGAUUCCAAAUUCGUGGCCAAGGACCAUGAAGAUGGCAAGCCGCCAGAGCGCGAAGAGGUGGAAGCCAUGCAGAAAAACCGCAUGGAGUACCUCUUUUUUACAAGUCAGCCUCGCUUCCUGCAAAUACACUCACUUGGCACAUGUAGCAUCACUUUAUGACUUGACGUCAUGUUCACAUCCUUUUCGAUACGUGUUUUGCAUACCAGUAUCCAUCGCUGUCAUUGAUUCAGAUUGAAGGCACUGGCAAUGGAUGAUGCAUGGUGCACAUUCGAUGUCAGGGAGAGACAGUGCCCAAUCCUUUUCGGGCCGCAGUUCUGGCGAAGAUGGGGAGCACAUGUGCCACCGGAAUACCGUCACUGGUAAAGCCCAUCUUCGCCAGACUACAUUUUCUUUCCCCACUUGGUACGUGACGUGUUUGUUAUUUGAAGUGUUUGGUUGUGCUGCUGAGAGUAGUCAGGUGCGAACCGCAACACGUUUGCUUUCCAGUCUCUGCUGGAUGAGAAAA